GAUGCUAACAUCAAAACAAAACACUUGGUGUGUAAUCUUCAUUUUGCAUCUGGAAAACCAAGCUACUAUUUACAGAAAAAUCACCCAGAUUGGGCUCCUUCAUUAUCAUUAAACAAAGCUAUCACAGAUAGCACUCGUUUACAAAGAAGAGUGUUGUAUACCUACAACAGAGAGGCUAUGUUUAUGAACACUUUAGCAAACUAUACCCAACGCAAGAAGGAAGAUAAUAGCAACAUUACGAAAGAUAGCGUUCUUUUGCCUCGGUUGGCAAACUAUCAGAAUAGUUGGAAAGGUCGAAUAAUUGGAUUACAGCAUUUUCCACAAAUUCCUCCUCGCACAUGACAAUCUAAAUAAUUUGGAAAAAUCAAUUACCAAGUG